GCCACGCAGCAGCAGCAGCAGCAGCUCCAGCUCCAUCACCACCAGACACCGACACCGACCCUCUGCUCGCCUCCAGGCCGAGGAUGGACGCCGGUUCCCGGGGAGACCGCUGAGGGGGAGACGGGGCCGCUCUGGUUCAGAGGAUGGAGGAGGCGUCGCGGACGCGGAGCGGGACUCCGGCUCCGGCCGAACCCACGGAACCCAUGCAGCACCGAACUCGCCAUUGUUCACAGCAGCAGCAGCAGAAACAGACACAGACGAGGCCGCGGCGGCGGGGAUGCGCGCCCCCGCGGCUGCUGCUGCUGCUCGCGCUUCACCUGCUCUGCUGCGUCCAGAGCUUGUCGGGGUUCCAGGUGUCGCUGAGCGACGACGGUCUGAUCGUGGCGACCCUCCAGCCUUCGGACCUUCAGGAGAACGCGACGGCGUACGCGGUGCAGGUCUCCGGAGAACCGCGCCUGGUUCUGGUUCCGUUCAUCAACACCAGCGAGCCUCUGGUGUUCAACGCCACGUUCCACGGCCUCUGCUACACCGUGGGACUGCUGGUCCAACUGGGGCAGAGCUGGUCCCGGCCCCUGAGGAGCAUCCCGGUCCUCACCAAACCGCUACCCGUCCGCAGCGCCCACAUAUCGGACUACAAGGAGGCUCCCGAGACCGGAGUCGUGUUCAGCAUCGACCCUCCGUCCAGAACCGUCUUCAGCCGCGUCAACAUCAGCUACACGGAGGGAACGGAGAGCCGCUCCAUGCUCUACAAAGACUUCUACAAGGGGAAGACGGUGUUCAAGCACUGGCUGCCGGGGACCUGCUACCGCAACAUCACCUUCCAGCUCGUCUCCGAGGCAACCGUGUUCCAGACCCCCCUGGUGGCCCACAGUGAUGUCACGCACCUGCCGCUGCAGCACCGCACAGUGCCCUCGCCCCCCCUCAACGUGUCCCACAAGGUGGUCCGCCUGACCCAGCGAGCGGCGGGUGAUGUCACCGGCGAGGGGGCGGGGCCUACGCCGUCCCGCCGGGCCCGGGACGUCCCCCUGCUGGAGGAGCAGCCGGAGCUACAGCCCGAGGAGGACGACGCCCCCGAGGACCUGACGGCCGCCCCCCCCGCCGUCUCCAACGCCACGCACAACCUGACGGAGGCCGGCGCCGCCGUGGGCGUGAACGGCAGCCGGGCGGAGGAGGCGGAGCCUCAGGGCUACUGGCUGGACCCCACGGAGCCGCCGGCCCUGGACCGGGAGGAGGACUUCGUGAAUGGCGUGCUGCCGGAGUACGAGGACUCCAACGACCCCGGCUCGGCCAUGGGGCUCCCCGCCGAGGCGCCGGUCCGGCCCAGCCGGCCGCCCCCCGUCCUGCUGGAGCUGCGCUGGCUGCCGCCGCCACCGCCGGCUAGCUACGACGGCUUCAACGUCUACGUCUACAGAGACGGCAACGCCACGGAGACGGCCACCGUGGACGAGAACACCCACGAGUUCUUCACGGAGCUGACGGAGGCGGGGACGUACCGGGUCCACGUCGCCACGCUGAGCUCGUCCGGGGCCUGCGAGGCCCGGGAGAGCAGCGCCGACACCGGCUUCAUGUUCUACCUCGGUCCGGACGGGGAGCUGCUGGAGGAGCUCCGGGCCCGGCCCCGGGCCGUCAGCGUCCGGCUGCUGGACUCCAGCAACGCCGCCGUGUCGUGGGCGCCGCCGCCCCGCAGCCCCAGCGGCAGCCUGGUGUCGGUGGUCUCCACCACCUGCCUGAAGCCCGGCCCGAGCCAGCGGAUGGAGAACACCUACUGCAGCGAGGAAAACUCCACCAGUGACGUCAUCAGCCACCUGACGCCCGGCGCCCAGUACCGGGUCGUCGUCUACCACACCAACGGGCCGCUGAUCAGCCCGCCGUCGGAGCCCGUCAUCAUCGACAUCGAGCCCACAGGUGUGGAGGAGUUAACGGUGUACCCGCUGGGCCCGACGGUCAUCAUCCUGAGCUGGCGGCGUCCGUACCGCGUGUCGUUCCGGAAGUACGUCCUGCAGACCUUCUUCUUCAACCCCGUCACGCUGGCGUCGGAGUGGACCACCUACUACGAGAUCGCCGCCACCGCCUCCGUCAUCACCUCCGUGAGAGUCACCGACCUGCUGCCCGCCUGGUACUACAGCUUCCGCGUUUCCAUGGUGACGUGGGGCGACCCGCCGCUCAGCUGCUGCGACGGCUCCACCGUUGGCUUCGUGACAGCUCCAGAGGCCCCCCACAUCUCCUCGGUGGACUACGUCCAGGGCCUGCUGCUGGUGGUCUGGGACUACGGCGAGCUGUUCAGCGACCUGACGCACUCCAGGAUCCUGCACUGGCAGGUGACGGCGGUCGGCCGGAGGAGAACCGACAAGAGCUACUCCAUCAACGUGACCAGGAACCUGAUGAGGGCCAGCCUCCCCCUCCCCCCUGGAGACAUCUACAACCUGACGGUGACGGCCUGUACAGAACGGAGCAGGAACAUGUCAACACCCAACAUCAUCAAGCUGGACCCGGCUCCGCCCAGGGCGCUGUACGCCGUCAACGCCACGCCCUCGUCCGUCACGCUGCUGUGGAGCGAGGACGGCGUGGCCGACCACUUCCAGGUGCUCUGCAGACCGGGCCGCGGCGGCAAGGAGCUCCAGGCCCGCGAGCCGCUCACCUCCACCUCCCAGGUUCUGACCGUGUCCGGUCUGGCGCCGGCGACCCGCUACAACUGCAGCGUCACCAGCUUCAGCUACAGCAAGGCCAGCAGGCCCGCGCACAUCUCCGUCAGCACCGUCGCCAGGGAGAUGAACCCGAGCGUCGCCGCCAUCUCGGCUCUGGCCGUCCUCAGCGUCCUGCUGAUCAGCCUACUGGUCCUGUUCCUGCUGGUCCUGCGGAAGAAGCACCUGCAGAUGACCAGAGAAUGUGGCGCAGAGACGUUCGUGAACUUCGCCUCCUUCGACCGAGACGGGAAGCUUCCCUACAACUGGCGAAGAAGCCUCUUCGCCUUCCUUACCCUCCUGCCAUCCUGCCUCUGGACUGACUAUCUUUUGGCUUUUUAUAUUAAUCCGUGGAGCAAGACGGCUUUAAAGAAACGGAAGCUAACGAGUCCCGUGCAGCUAGACGACUUCGACGCCUACUUCAAGGAAAUGGGCAAAGACUCCGCCUACAAGUUCUCGCUGCAGUUCGAGGAGCUGAAGAGCGUCGGCCUGGAUCUUUCCCAUGAUGCCGCAGACCUGCCGAUCAACCGGCCCAAGAACAGAUACACCAACAUCCUCCCUUACGACUUCAGCCGGGUGAAGCUGAUCUCCAUGCACCACGACGAAGGAGCCGACUACAUCAACGCCAACUACAUACCUGGCUACAAACACUCGAAGGAGUACAUCGCCACCCAGGGGCCGCUGCCCGAGACCCGCAACGACUUCUGGAAGAUGGUGCUGCAGCAGAAGUCGCCCAUCAUCGUCAUGCUGACACAGUGCAGCGAGCGGCGGCGGGUGAAGUGCGACCACUACUGGCCCUUCGUGGACGAGCCCCUGAUGCUGUACGGGGAGAUCAGCGUGGAGAAGCUGUCUGAGAGCGAGUCUCCGGAGUGGAUCAUCCGCAAGUUCAGGCUGGAAUACGCCGACGAGGUGCAGGACGUGCUGCACCUGAACUACACGUCCUGGCCGGACCACGGCGUCCCCACCGUCAACGCCAUCGAGAGCAUCCUGCAGUUCGUCCACAUCGUCCGGCAGCAGGCCAACAGGACCCGGGACCCCAUCAUCGUCCACUGCAGCGCCGGCGUGGGCCGGACCGGGACCUUCAUCGCUCUGGACCGCCUCAUGCAGCACAUCAGAGAACACGAGUUCGUGGACAUCCUGGGGAUGGUGUCGGAGAUGAGGUCCCACCGGCUGUCCAUGGUGCAGACGGAGGAGCAGUACGUCUUCAUCCACCAGUGCGUGCUGCUGAUGUGGCAGAAGAAGAAGCAGCAGUCCAUCAGCUCCGACGUCAUCUACGAGAACGCCGGCAAGACAUAGCAACGCCAGACGCUGAAGGCGCCGAGCCUCCCGAGCUUCAGCAGACCCGCCUCAUCAUCCACGACCCAACAGAACCACCAGACUUCAGUUUGACUCGCCGUCACAGCGUGGGAUGGAGCUUUGCCUUAAGGAGCCUUCACUGACGUCCCCCCCCUCCCCUGAACCGGACCGGUGGUGGCCCGCAUUGGCCCGGAGGACCGGCGGGACCGACCCAGCAGCUCUGCGUUUCAGUUUCAGUCUUUUUUACUCUCAGGAAGCUGCUGCGACCGUCCUCCCCCUCGAUAUCCUGCCGAUCCGUGGUUCCGGACCGCGACUGUAAAACCAAGCUGAUCAACUGCCAGGACCCGACCCAGCAAACGUCCGGCGCCGGAGAGCAACGGUUCCGUCCAUAUCACGGGUUCUGGGAGGCGUUUGCUGGGUUUCCACGACGACCAGAGGGCACAAAACCGACUGAAAGGAGCAAACACCUGAUCUGACCGGAGGCUUGGGGGCGGAGCUCCGGCGAGGGGGCGGAGCCACGUGAUCGGACCACGUUUCAGUAUCAUCCUCCACUUUUUACAGAUUUAAACUGAGGGGCUCCGACUUUCCUCAGAUGUGGUUUGGGGGCGUCCACACCCCAGAACUUGAAGGUGGAACCGUGACGAGGAAGGAAACCUCUCUAGUCCAGAGUCUUGGUUGUUAGCGGCGGGGGCGGCGGCGGCGAGGUGUUUCGUCGGCGGAGCCUCUUUUGCUCCGACGCUGUUGGACGUUAAACGCUAAUUUCAGGUUCUUCGGGGCGAACGUUGGGCGGUUUUUAUUCCAGUUGAGCUUAAUUUCCAUUUUUCGUUGCCAUGGAAACCCUCCAGCUGACCAACCACAAGGUGGUGAUUCAACGCCUGUAAAUAAACGCUAAUUUAAAAAAGGGAUACAAACCCCUUCCAACAGCACAUAUCAAAAGUGUUUAAAGAUUUAGGCCCACGUUCACACGUAGCAAAAACGGUGGUGUUUUCAUGCGUUUUGGCCGUUCGUUUACACGAAAACGAAGCUCAAAGUCGCCAAAAACCAUCAUUUCUGAAAACUCCGGCCAAAGUGGAGAUUUGCAAAAACUCCGUCUUCACGUUUGCUUGUAAACGGAGGGAAACGGACGUUUAGGCUUCAGAACGUCACAUUAUGCGACAGAAACGUCACCAGCGUCAUGUGUGCGACCUGUGUUUACAAUUUGUUUGGCCACGUCAAUAUUUUCUUGUAUUUUACCUGUUUUAUAUUCUAACGUCACACUUAAAAGUAACUCCUCUUCUCUGUCACUCCAAACGAAAGACUCUCGUUCAUCUUGGAAGUAACUGGAAGUUACUCGUGUCAUUUGUUGAUGUUUUUUUUCCAGGAUUCUGAUUGGCUAGCAUGACUUUAUGCUUCUCGUUACACUGCCCCCUGCAGGUUUGGCUGCUCAUAGCACCUUAACAGAUAUUUAUGCAGGUUUGUGUAAAUGAUGGUAUUUUUCAAAACGUAGAGGGGGAAAUAUCCGUUUUUGUAAAUACCCGGCUAUGUGCAAACGUGGCCUUACUUCUAUCGUGACCUCAUUUGCAUUAACAGUAUUGGCCCGAUUAUAAGACGACCCCCUCUUUUUCAAGACUCAAGUUUGAAAAAAGACUUUUUGAACACCAAAUUCAAUUUUUAUACAGAAAAUAAUUACAGUACAUCUGAAACAAAUGAUUAUAAUAAUAGAUUCGAGAGAAAAGGCAUGUUAUUUUGCCUCAUUCAAAUCAUCAUCUUGAAGUUUGCAUCAUAACUUCUCCUCAGCUGCUGGUUAACCUGCUGAUCUUCCACCCACAUUUCUCCAUUUUCUGUUAUCUCUUCUCUUAUUUUCUUUUUUCUUUCUUACCGCUAUUUUUUAUUUUUCUUCUUCAUGACAGGGGUUGGUUUUGGCCUGGGGAGUUAAGUUCAGCAUUGGCUUUAAAGAUAUCUGGCGCCAUCUAGCGUUGUGAAUGGGGAUAAUGUCUAGUCCAGGGGUCGGCAACCCGCGGCUCCAGAGCCGCAUGCGACUCUUUAGCGCCGCCCUAGUGGCUCCUGUAGCUUUUUCAAAAAUGUUUGACCUUUUUUCUUCUUUUUUUUCUUUUUUCUUCUUUUUUUUUUUCCUUUCCUUUUCAAUCUCGCCAUUUCGACAUUAAUCUCAACAUUUAGACUUUUUUCUCGAAAUUUUGACUUUUUUCUCGACAUUUAGACUUUUUUCACGAAAUUGUGUCUAUUUCCUCGACAUUUUGACUUUUUUCUCGAAAUUACGACUUUUUUCUCGACAUUUCGACUUUUUGCAUAAUGAAAAAAAAAAAACUUCCCCCAGUUAUAACUAAUAUAGAUACAUGCAGCAUGUGUUGCCUUCAUUCUAAGGUUUAUACAAGACUUUUCAUUUUUUGCGGCUCCAGACAUUUGUUUUUUGUGUUUUUGGUCCAAUAUGGCUCAACAGUUUGAGUUGCCGACCCCUGACCACGAAUGGAAGACGACCCCCACUUUUUCAGUCUUAAUUCAAUGCAGAAAACACCGUCUUAUAUUCAGGCCAAUACGGUAAAAGGUCAUUAGAAGGUCAGCGUCUAAACGACGACGUCUACGAUGAUUUUAACUAACUUUACCUAAACUUCAUCACCGUGACGUAGAAACGGACCGGCUCUGGCUAACCGUCUCGUUAACGUUGGAUUUAAAGUUUGAUCCAAACUAACUUCAUCUCUCCUGGUGGCGGAUGAACGGUGUUUAUGCCGUCUGUAACCAUGACAACAGUCAGACGAAGCCUCACCUGUAGUUCAACCUUACUAACAGAUCUAUUUUUAGAUUUUCUACGUAUCUGAAUCAUCUUUGAUGGUCACCGUUAAAGAAAACCGUAAAUGUCGUUCUAAGACUGAGCUAGCAACGGUAACUAGGGGGCGGGGCUUACUGAGUCAGCUCAUAAACGGCCAAUAGAAGCGACCACAAAAGAGAGUGACGGACGGCGACAGAAAACUUUUAAAAUCUCUUGAAGAGGCCGAGAUGACGAUCAGUGGUGUUUCUGUCGAUACUAGUGUCAGAGAACCACCGAAGACUUUUAAUAACUUUAAUAACUUUAUAUCAGCAACACUGAGACGCAGAAACGACCUCAGAUCAGCUGAUCGACCGUCACGCUGCGGUAAAAACACAUCGCCGACGUUCAUCAGCUCAAACACAGAACCGCGUCGCGGUGGAUUCAGACGAGAAAUACUCCAAUAAGAUCAAUAUUAAAGCACAGAUCAGCCGGUUACAUCCCAUAAUACUGCAUCACUUCCUCUGAACUAACAAGUGUUGACGAGGAACCUGAAACGGAAGGGUUUGACUUUAGUGAGUGAAACGUUGAUAAACGAGGAAGCUUGUUGGAUCAGUCGCAUCUACGACUCAGCAGGUUUACGCUAAAGUCGGUUUAAAUCUGUAAAAAGUGUCGACGUCCAACAGUUUUAAACCCGAAUUUUAUAUUGAGCUCUAAAUGUUUGGUUUCAGAUCUCAUUUCUAACUGAAUUUGAGAGAAAAGGACGUUUAACAAGGACGCGUUUUUGACUUCGGUCCGGCGGUUCCGUUUCAAACGGAAGACGAGUGUUUUCGUGUUUCUAGCGAAUAAAAAAAAUAAAUAAAUAAAAAGCGUAAAUGCUGCCGACCCAUUAAAGUCCUGUUUACUGAAAUCCGUUCAAGCUUUUAAAAAUGAAAAUAUAUUAAAACUUGAAUUUUAUGAGCGAAAAUGUGAAAAAAGUUGAGGCUUGUUUACACGAAAGUACAAAAUGUAAAAGCAACAAAACGACAUGAUUGACAGCUUAAAAUACCUAAAAAAUAAAACGUUUAUACAUAAACGCCGACAUGUGGCCAAAAUGAAUAUUUUAUUACUAAAAAAAUAAAUAUAAAAUACUAAAAUAAGACAUGUUGACGUAGGGGAACGAACAACAUUUUUAGUUUUUUAGCUUAGCUUAGCUUAGCACGGCCCGUCGUUCCGACGUCCGACAGAUCUGGUCGCCACGUCAACGCUCACACGUUUUCUCAAACUAAAGAGUCUUAAAAACUGCUUUUACGCCCUGAAACUCGGCCCGGCGACGACGUUUGGACCAGACGUUUUUAAAGGUUUUCCUUCCUCCUGAUUGGUCGCCUCACUUCCUGCUGAACUUCCAAACGUGUCCUGAUUCUGGCGACGUCCCGUACGACCGUCCAGAACCGCCGGUGAAUGUGGGCCAGCCCCGUCCGGACCUCGUGGCCUUGUUGGUUCCAGCGGCUGAAGUCUGGACCCGUUUAGCCGCCGCUGGUUGCCGUGGCGACGUCAGCGCUACUAUCAGAUGUACUGUACAUACCCACUGCUCCGCUCCGUCUCUGCUCGUCGGUACCGGUGAUUUUGUGGCAGCGUCGUUUUAGAUUUUGUUCUUUGAAGUUGUUGUGACGUGAAUCGUUCCUGGAGCCGGAACCGGAACCGGGUCCUGGUCCUGGAACUGGUCCGGGAAUCGGGUCCUGGUCCUGGAGCCGGUACCUGGAGCCGGUCCUG